AUGAACCAGGGGUUUGGUGCCCCCAUAUGCUAUGUUCAGGAAAGGCCUCACACCUCAACACCUGCCUACACGCCUUACACCUCAACACCUGCCUACACGCCUCACACCUCAACACCUGCCUACAAACCUCACACCUCAACACCUGCCUACACGCCUCACACCUCAACACCUGCCUACAAACCUCACACCUCAACACCUACCUACAAGCCUCACAUCUCAACACCUGCCUACAAGCCACACACCUCAACACCUGCCUACACGCCUCACUCCACAACACCUGCCUACAAGCCACACACCUCAACACCUGCCUACAAGCCUCACUCCACAACACCUGCCUACAAGCCACACACCACAACACCUGCCUACACGCCUCACUCCACAACACCUGCCUACAAGCCUCACUCCACAACACCUGCCUACAAGCCUCACUCCACAACACCUGCCUACACGCCUCACUCCACAACACCUGCCUACAAGCCUCACUCCACAACACCUACCUACAAGCCACACACCUCAACACCUGCCUACAAGCCACACUCCACAACACCUACCUACAAACCACACACCUCAACACCUACCUACAAGCCACACUCCACAACACCUGCCUACUAG